AUGUCCAUAGCCAAGGCCUGGAACAGCUCCUCAGUGACUGUGUUCAUCCUCCUGGGAUUCACAGACUAUCCAGAACUGCAGGCCCUCCUCUUUGUGACUUUCCUGGGCAUCUAUCUUGUAACCCUCGCCUGGAAUCUGGCCUUCAUCUUUCUGAUCAAAAGUGACACCCAUUUGCACACACCUAUGUACUUCUUCCUUAGCAACCUGUCCUUUAUUGAUAUCUGCUACUCUUCCACAGUGGCUCCCAAGAUGCUCAUUGACUUCUUCCUGGAGCAGAAGACCAUAUCAUUUGUGGGCUGUGCUGCUCAGUUUUUUUUCUUUGUUGGCAUGGGUCUAACUGAGUGCUUCCUCCUGACUGCUAUGGCAUAUGACCGAUACGCAGCCAUCUCCAGUCCCCUGCUCUAUACCGCCAUCAUGUCCCAGUACUUCUGUACCCGAAUGGUCGUUGGGGCAUAUGUUGGCGGCUUCCUGAGCUCCCUGAUUCAGGCCACCUCCAUAUUCCAGCUCCACUUCUGUGGACCCAAUAUCAUCAACCAUUUCUUCUGUGACCUCCCGCCAAUCUUGGCACUUUCUUGCUCUGACACUUUCCUCAGUCAAGUGGUGAAUUUCCUUGUAGUGGUCGCUGUUGGGGGGACAUCUUUCUUCAUCCUUCUUAUCUCCUACAGUUACAUAGUGUCCUCUGUCCUGAAGAUCCGUUCAGUGGAAGGCCAAUGGAAAGCUUUCAACACCUGUGCCUCCCACCUGAUGGUGGUGACUCUGUUGUUCGGGACGGCCCUUUUCAUAUACCUGCGACCCAGCUCCAGCUACUCACUUGGCAAGGACAAGGUGGUGUCUGUGUUCUAUUCACUGGUGAUCCCCAUGCUGAACCCUCUCAUUUACAGUUUGAGGAACAAAGAGAUCAAAGAUGCCCUGUUGAAGAUGCUAGAGAAGAAGAAAGUAUUUUCCUAG